AUGGAAUUGAAAGGAAAUGCACAGUUUAUCUCUUCUUCUUCUUUUUCUUGCAAACCCGAACCCCAUUCACUAGUUUCUUCCAUCCCCGAUGCUGUCUCCCAGAAUCUACUUCAACCCCCUUCUUCUUCUUCUUCUUCUUCUUCUUCUUCUUCUUCUUCUUCUUCUUCUUUGUGUUAUAUCUCAGACGUUGACUCGGAACCGGGAUUUCAAGUCAAACGCAAGCAGAGACGCAGUCGCACGACAUUUACUGCUGAUCAACUGGAAGAGUUGGAGAAGGCGUUCGAGCGCACCCACUACCCAGAUAUUUAUACACGGGAGGAGCUGGCCCAGAGGACAAAACUGACAGAAGCCCGCGUCCAGGUUUGGUUUAGUAACCGCAGAGCCAGAUGGCGCAAACAGGUCGGCAAUAAUCAACUGGCUACACUUAACGGACUGCUACCGACACAGAGCGUCCCAGGAUCGCACUAUGUCCUUCCCCCAGAUGCUGGUUACCCUUUGUCAUCCGCUCAAGCUGAUAUUCAAGCCACCACCCACUCCCAUGCCGCUAACCUAACGCUUCACCCUCUUUCACCUACACAACCACUGCUCAUCCACUCACCCACCGCCGUCCGUUGUAUCUGCGCCCCCCCAAUGCAUGCGGUCACACUGGAGCCAGACAUGGCAAAGCCCAGGCGGCUGUCCCAUUAUUCCAACUACUGCACCCUCCCCCAAUACAAAACUGACACUACUCAAUCUCUUCCCUCCCUACGACCCCGGUCAUCCUCUUGUCUUUUCUUCACCUGCCCUCUCGCAUCUAUCAUCCCCACCUUCAUCAUCGUAUUUUUUCUGUCUUCCUCCCCCCCCUGUCAACCUGCGGUGCUCCCCACCCUUAAAGCUUUAGAUUGGCUUUUUUACUCAAAGGCGCCAUUUUGUCAGCGUCGCCACCGUCGUCGCUUUUUUCUCGUACCGUUAUUUAUCCUUGUUGCCGUGAACAGUUGUCUGCUGUUACUUGAAUCUGGCUUAUCUACAAAAACGCCGAGAGCACAAGCCUUUUGCCGAUUCUUAUUUCUCUCAGUAACAUCUGUAGUUAGUUUAAUCCCCUUACGUUUUCCACCACCGGCCGUCUCCCAUUGCUGUCACAACCACUAUCGCAUACCCGUGCGCGUUCAUCGUUUUCUCCUACCAUCACAAUACCAACAAUGCUACCAUCACACACACGAUCAUAUUCCCUCUCUCUUUUCUCUCUCUCUUCUCUCUCUCUCUCUCUUUCUCUCUCUGCACAGUCGUCACACCUUUUCAUGCUAUAAGCUGCAAUAA